UAGAUUUUCUGUUUUUCUUUAUAUUUCCGAGAAUACCAAGAAAAAAAGUCGGAUCUUAGAACAUAUUGCCGUUUAAUAAAGUCGGUUGUGACAUUACCUAGCGUCGUAUAUGCCAUAUACUAAGUCUAUUUUCUCUUUAUUUUGUUUCUAGUAUGUUUAUCCGAUCGACAAUGUUCGGGUGUCAGUUACAAUUUUUGACGGAAUUUAAGACAAUUUGUAAUGUCGUUUCAUGUAGAGGUAUUCGGUUUUUGCGUGGUUGACCUGAGACCUAAUCUGGAGGCCUCUCGUUCCAGGACACUAGCUGCCUCCGCUUCCUGUUUACGGCUCUCCCCUAAUAAAGCUAGAUCAUCUGCGUACCCUACCACCUUGUGGUUGCCGUUCAGAUCCUGGGACCUAUUCAGAGAGAUGAAGGCACCUCGAGAAUCCGGAAAAUUGUCUAGAUCGAGGAGUUAGUGGCCGAGCCCAAAUAUCAUAGGCGAAACGAAAGCCCACAGACUUCGCUGGUGCGGUCACCUACUCAGAAUGGGAGAGGAUCGGGCUGUCAAGGUGCAAACCGUGCAAAUCCUAGUCGUGUGGGAAUGUGUUAAUUGGAACCGUCGAAUUAUAUUACUCCAAACUAUACUCAAACAGUGACUGCAAUUCUUUUCAUACAAAACGCAGAGGGCAAGCGUGUGUUGAGCUAUAUGUCUGUGAAUAUAGUGCGGCCAGACCAUAAUCGGCAUUUUUAUUGUUCAUUAUAAUUUUGUUUCCUUACGGAGUUCAUUCCACCUCUUUGUGCGUUCACCUUCAGUAUCAUUUUCUCACUAUUAAAAUUAAAUAUCAAUUUGGCGGUGACGAUGUCGUAACCAGAACAAUUUGCUAAUGGCCAGCCUUGACAAAGGCUAUGUUAUUUCCUUCAUAGUUACAUAUAUAAACAAAAAUUUUUGGAUUAAGAAACAUUCCCAGUGUCACAACCAAGGAAACAACAUGAUUGGAAAGUUCGCUCUUCUUGUCUGCCUGUUCGGCUUCGCCAGUGCGGGUAGCCUUUACGGCGGUGGACUCGGUUACAGCUCCCUCGGCUACGGAUCCCUUGGCUACGGCAGCGGCUACGGCAGCGGUUACGGCUACGGCGGCUACGGCUAUGGGCACGACCUCGGCUACUCCGCUCCCAUCGUAGCCAAGACAGUAGUCGCCCCUGUAGUCAAGACCAUCGCUCCCAUCUCCUACGCCCACGCCCCGGCCAUCUCCCACGUUUCACAGUACAGCUACCACGGAUCUCCCAUUGUUAAGUCUUACGCCCCAUUGGGCUACUCAUCGUACGGACUGGGCCACGGAUAUGGUAUUGGACACGCCCCUAUUUCUUAUGGUGGAUACGGACAUGGAUACAGUCACGGCGGCUACGGCUACGGCGGUUACGGAUGGUAAACUUUAGAACAAAUGUAAAUUAUUUAUAUAAGAACAAUAAAAUGACUUUUCAUCGUCAAAUAUGUUUCUUAUUCAUCUUAUGAUUAAUAAUUUCCAGCAAUAUUCCCAGUUUAUCCACUGACAAUAUUAUUAAAAAUAUAGUCCUUAACCACCGACAAUGUUUCCUACAGUAUUUCCAAGAUAUGCCUGCUAUUAGUGGAUCAUUGCUGGUAUCUGGUGGCUUUCUAUCACCGCACCGCCCGCCGUCGGCAGGGUGUUCAUCCUCACACCCUAGAACCUAAAUGGUCGCGCACUGUGCGGUUUAAGAGGAACUUCCUCCGGCGGACGCUCUGGCUUGCUAUGGAAUGAGCUACCUGCCGAGGUUAUUCCGAGGGUCUACAGUAUGAGGUUAUUCAAAAAAGGAGUGUACAGAUUUUUAAAGGGUCGGCAACGCGCAAGUAACACUUCUGGAGUUACAGGCGUCCAUAGGCUACGGUAACUGCUUACCAUCAGGCGCGCCGUAUGCUUGCUUACUAACAUCGUGUUAUUAAAAAAAAUUAAACGAAUACUCCUGACAAAUUCACAACUCUAAAUACAGUAAUUUUACUAAUAUGUGUUAAAAUACGGUAUCUACUCGUAUAAGGUUGCAUAGAUGUCAAAUACUCCUACUUUCAAUGACUCAAUCACUUAUAUCAUGCCAUCGAUUCUUUAUUCGUGGAUUGUAAAAUAAGAAUAACCAUUGGAGUAUUCCG